CGGUCACCCGACACGGGGCCAGUCUGGGUCGCUUCCGCAGACCCCCGAGGGCUCAGAGCUGGGGAGGCGCCCCGGGCGGAGGCACAGGGUCGGCCUGGGGGAUCUCCCCAGAGGACCGGGGCUCCCCGGAGCCACCCAGCGGCGAUGUGUGGGUGCCUCGAGGCCGAUCCCCUGCAGCGGCGGCCGAGGUGUGGGUGUGCUGGGCAAGGGGCAACUGGGUUUGGCGUGAGUGGUGUCGCCCGGUCAGGGCAACUGCUGUGCAGCCAGAUAGGGUCUGGACUUUGCGUAAAGGGACGGGUGGGAAUUGAAGAACGGAGUUGGGGGCCAGGAGGGAAGGAAGGGCUGAGGGUGAACAAAGGGGCGGGGCCCUGGCUGCUGUGGCCUCCCCUUACCCCCUCCCCCCGCUGCUGGGGUCCUCGGGCAAGCCCCCUUCUCCCUGGACUGAGACAUGAGACUCAGCUGGGUCCUGACAGUACUGUCCAUCUGCCUGAGUGCCCUGGCCACGGCUGCGGGGGCCGAGGGCAAACGGAAACUGCAGAUCGGGGUCAAGAAGCGGGUAGACCACUGUCCCAUCAAAUCGCGCAAGGGGGAUGUCCUGCACAUGCACUACACGGGGAAGCUGGAAGAUGGGACGGAGUUUGACAGCAGCCUGCCCCAGAACCAGCCCUUUGUCUUCUCCCUGGGCACGGGCCAGGUCAUCAAGGGCUGGGACCAGGGGCUGCUGGGGAUGUGUGAGGGGGAAAAGCGGAAGCUGGUGAUCCCAUCAGAGCUGGGGUAUGGAGAGCGGGGAGCUCCCCCAAAGAUCCCAGGUGGUGCAACCCUAGUGUUCGAGGUGGAGCUGCUCAAAAUCGAGCGACGUUCAGAACUGUAGCCAAGCUGGGGAGGGCUGGUGGAGAGACCCCCAUCAGGGACCAGACUGUUUAAGAAAAAAAAAAAUCUUAAAGCUCA